AUGAAGAAAACGCUCAAUAACCCAGAUGGCAGUAACGAUUUGGUGACAGUGGUGACCCUAGCACAUCAACAGGUGAACAAAACGUUAGUGUUGUCUGUGCUUAAAAAGAUCAUGGACAAGUAUUUUGAGUUUCGAGAAGAUAUUCUGAACGCAGCUGAAAGAGACGGCAAUCUGUCGGCUGAACAACAGGCAAAAACAAAAUUGGGCGAGUUCAAGUUGUACAUGACGCAAAUCAUUCGUUUCGAGGAAAUGCAGUAUGACACAAAUCUGCACAUUUACAACUAUGGCUCUACGAAUGACAAUCAUGGAAAUGGCGAACAGAGCUCAGAUGUGAUUACUCCAAAUCAGUUGGUAGCAGCAAACGAAGAAGUAGAUGAAGUACGUUCGCUUAUGCUUGAUAACAUCAAUAAGCUCCUUAGCAGAGGGGAUAAAGUGAACUCUUUGGUGGACCAGACUGAUAGACUUACAUCUUCAGCGCAAGUUUUCCAGAAAAGCGCUCUUUCUGUGAGAAGAAAGAUGUGGUGGAAUAACGUUCGACUUAUAGCCAUGCUUAGUGGCGGCCUUGCGGUCUUACUCUACUUGUUUUUCGGUUUUGAGUGUGGAUAUCCUUUCAUGCUGAAAUGUUUUCACUAA